UUCGUUCUGAUGGAAAGCCACGCAGACAAUUUACAUGUAUAAUUUAAGUCCAAAAGUAUUGUUUCAUUCGGAGCAAGCACGACUUGUCAAAGCGAUCACUUUGGAGCUCGUUUCUCUGCAUUCUUGAAUCCCGGCACGUUGGUGGUUGUUUUUCCUGGGAAAACGAAAUUUCGUUCGAUUUCCUUGUUUUCAAACAUUUUAAUUUUGAUGCUAUUAGCGUAAUGCAAUAAAAUUACUGCUGUCAUUUGUACACCUGCGCACGUAUUGCAAGAAGACGAAACCUGUUUUCAUUAAGUUUUCGAGUGAGAUGAUGACGAAACAGUUCAAUUGAAAGCUCCGGGUCGCACACUGUCUUGACGUGUUUUCAUUCAGCAGAUUUCAUAGAGCGUUUUAACACAUCAAUCCAGACAACGAUGUACUUUCCUGUAAAAUUCUGGUUGUCAGAUGAUUAUAUGAAUGUCACAUAGCUGUAUAGAGUUUAUGGGCAAGUUCUUGGUGAUAGAAGGAACACGAAUUUUAGAUUGACGGAAUACCUCUUCGUUGAAAAACGUCAACUUGGAAGUAGUUUACAAGCCCGAAGCAUGCGCGGACGUUUUCCGAAUAAUUUGCGUCGUAUGAUUUGAAAUGAACGUCACGGGAAGUGAGGAAGCGGCUCGACUUCGCCGAAUAACCAUCGGCACAUUCAUGGCUUUCACAAAUGUAGCGGUUUUUUGUGGCAAUUAUCUUGCGGUUGCAUCUUUUUGCAUCAAUUCCAAACUUCACACCGUUACGAAUUCUUUCAUCGUGAGCAUGUCCGUCGGGGAUUUGCUGAUCGCUUUGGUAUGCAUACCAUCAUUGCUCCUGGCUAACCUGUAUGGUCCUCAGGUGCCCACAGGGGUAAUUUAUUGUCAGUUUUCCAUCUCGAUUACGGUGAGUCUUAUGGGAGUGGCGAUCGGAAAUCUCGCCUUAAAUUCGUUUGACAGAUAUCGCGUGAUUUUGUAUCCCUUGAAGUCUGACGUCACAAAACGUCACGUGUGUUGGAAGAUUAUCCUCGCGUGGCUGUUCGCGUUCGUUUUCGGCUUCCUUCCGUACUUUGGUUGGGGACGUUUGCCGAACGUGCGCAAAACGGACGAAACACUGUACUGUCAAGUGCGGGCAAAUUUGUCGUGGAAUUACACUUUGGCGUUUUUGUGUCUCGCCGGCACACCGUUUUCUCUGAUGGGCGUGGCCUAUUGGAGAAUACUUACGACAGCACGACGUCAUACAAAAGUCAUAGUAGCGGACGCAGCAAGGUUUCAUGGCUCUAAGCGCGUGGACUUUAUCAAAGAAACUCGUGCCGCUAAAUUGGUCGGCGCUAUUUUGGCUGCUUUUAUGAUAUGCUAUUUACCGCUUUUCGUGAUAGUCAUUGUGGAUUUGUCCACUAACGGACUCAACUCGCACGCUUACGUUGGUGGUGUAUUAAUGGCGACGAUUAAUUCGGCCAUCAAUCCAUUCAUAAUGGCUGCGAUGAAUAGAGAGUACAGGCAUACAUUUUAUCGCGUAGCACGAUGCAGGUGGCGCAAGACUCGAGAUUAAACUAUUCGUUGAAAAUAGAGAUCAGUCGGCGAUCACUCGCGAUGCAUGAUAAAUCGGGAAUUGUCGUGCAUCAGUCGUGUAAAGAUCAUGAUAACAGCAAUGUUGCAUGCGUUAAUUGCCAAAGUACGUCAAUAUGACAAUAUGCUGAUCACGUGGAACAAAUAAAAAAUAGUGUAUCUCCUUUAUACUUAGGACUUUAGUUUUUCCAUAAAACCUUACAAUGAUUGCUUUUUAAAUGCUAAUUUUUUGGCUUGGCUUUUCAACAUUUGUUACUUACAAAGUUUUGGUGAAGUUGUAAAGAUGUAUAGACGUAAUGGCCAUUAGAUGGUCAAUUUAUAAAAUGUUUUCAUUUUUUUA